AGAUUCCCAAAGAGUUCCAAGGUUCUGCAGGUGUCCACAUGAAGAAGGAUUUCUUCCUGCGCCGCUCUUCCUGCGCUCGCUCCGAGACCUUCAUCAACCUUCGAGAGGUGAGCUCCAGGUUCCGCCUUCCUCCAGGAGAGUACCUGAUCGUCCCAUCUACGUUUGAGCCCUCCAAGGAGGGGGACUUUGUCCUGAGAGUUUUCACUGAAAAGCAGUCCGAGACAGAGGACAUGGAUGAUGUCGUUGUUACAAACCUGGACGAGGAGGUGAGAGCGGAGGUUGCUAAUUCUUGGAGAUGGUUCGUUUGUUGAUGUUGUCUUAAUGUGUCUGUCGCUGUCCACAGGAGGAAGUCACCGAAAGAGACAUCGAUGACUCCUUUAGGUCCAUGUUUGCUCAGCUUUCUGGAGACGACAUGGAGAUCUCAGUGCGUGAGCUCAGAACCAUCCUCAACAGAGUGGUCUCCAAACACAGAGACCUACAGACCGAUGGAUUCAGCAUGGAGUCCUGCAGGGCCAUGGUCAGCCUCAUGGAUAAAGAUGGCAGUGCUCGGCUCGGACUGGUGGAGUUUCAGAUCCUUUGGAACAAGAUUAAGAAGUGGUUGGUGAGUUGAUGGUGAAGUCAGGCU